CUCCCUUCUUUUUCUUGCAGGGUUCCUUCCUUCCUUCUUCCUUUCUUUUUUACAACUCCCCCGUCUGGAUUUAUACCAAGUGGAAUAUCAUGAACUGAAGAAAUUUACCCUUCUGUUUUUGCCUUCUUAAUUUUUUUCUACUUUUUUGCUUUUUUUUUUUUUUUUAAAGAAGUUUUUUUGGAUGAUAACGCUUUGAAAAACAUUUUUUUUCUUUUUAAUUUUUUUGAAAUAAAAAAAAUUGAGUCAUCCCAUAUCGUGAGAAGAUGGGGAGGAAAAAGAUCCAGAUCCAGAGGAUUACGGAUGAACGGAACCGGCAGGUGACGUUCACGAAGCGGAAGUUCGGGCUGAUGAAGAAAGCCUACGAGCUGAGCGUGCUCUGCGACUGUGAGAUCGCCCUGAUCAUCUUCAACCACUCCAAUAAGCUCUUCCAGUACGCCAGCACAGACAUGGACAAGGUGCUGCUGAAGUACACGGAAUACAACGAGCCCCACGAGAGCCGGACCAACGCAGAUAUCAUCGAGACCUUAAGAAAGAAAGGUUUUAAUGGUUGUGACAGCCCUGAACCUGAUGGGGAAGACUCCAUUGACCAGAGCCCGCUGACGGAGGACAAGUAUCGCAAAGCCAGCGAGGACCUGGACAUCCUCUUCAAGCGCUACGGCUCCUCCGUUCCUGCUCCCAAUUUUGCCAUGCCUGUUACGGUGCCAGUGACCAACCAGAACGCCCUGCCAUUCAGCAACCCCGGGGGCUCGUUAGUGACCCCAUCGCUAGUGACUUCCUCGUUGGCCGACCCUCGAUUGCUGUCCCCGCAACAACCGGCCCUCCAGCGGAACACCGUCUCCCCAGCGCUCCCGCAGAGGCCCGCCAGCGCAGGGGCGAUGCUCGGAGGAGAGCUCGGCAACACGAAUGGUGCCUGUCCAAGCCCCGUGGGCAAUGGUUACGUCAGCGCCAGGGCCUCCCCGAACCUCCUCCCCAUCUCCAAUGGAAACAGCUUAGGCAAGGCCAUCCCAGCCAAGUCGCCCCCACCACCCCCCCCUCACAGCAGCCAGUUGGCCGUUAACAUCCGCAAGCCGGACCUUCGUGUCAUCACCUCCCAGGGCGGAAAAGGCCUCGUGCAGCAUCUGACGGACGAUCAGUUGGAUCUGCAGAAUGCCCAAAGACUCGUGGUGUCUCAAGCCACACACUCUUUGACCACGCCUGUUGUUUCGGUGGCCACGCCCAGCCUGCUGACACAGGGGCUGCCCUUCUCAGCGAUGCCCACGGCGUACAACACAGACUACCAGCUGAGCAGCGCGGAGCUCUCCUCCCUCCCAGCGUUCGGCUCGCCUACCGGCCUGUCUCUGGGCAGCCUCUCGGCCUGGCAGCAGCAGCCGCCCCCGCCGCAGCAGAUCCCGGUCUCCCUCAGCAGCUUAAUACAAGGGAGCCACCUGUCCCACGCUGCCGCCACCACUCCCGCUGCCACCCUGACCGUCAACACCAACCCCGGCAUCAGCAUCAAGUCGGAGCCUGUCUCGCCCAACCGGGAGCGCAACAGUGCCACCCCNCUCUCCUCUUUCCCCCAUCAAGCCCGCCACGAGCCCAGCGGACGCUCGCCCGUCGACAGUCUCAGCAGCAAUGCCAGCUCCUACGAGGGCAACGAGAGGGAAGACCCGUCCCGGGCCGACUUCAGCUCCUCUCUCGGGCUCCUGAGACCCAGCGCCGAGGCCGAGGGGGACAACCCCUCCAUCAAACGCAUGCGCUUGGACGCCUGGGCCACGUAACUGCCCCCAGCAUGGCCCCCUCUUUCCUGCAGGGGG